UAGAAACAUUCCAACGAAGUAGCGAAGGAGCUUUGCGAGGAUUUCCAUGGCUUUUCUCGGCGCUCAUCUUAUCCACUCUCCCGCUCCUCCGCCCUCCUUCACAGGAUUAGGGUGGAGCUCAUGUCGCACUUCAAUAUGUGUCUCUGCAAUGGGCAAGGAAUCAAAGGGGAAUGGGAGGAGUGGGAGAAGGAUUUGGCGGCGACGGAAACUGACGAAAAAAGAUGACAAGGUGGAUUAUAAGUUGGAAAGGAUUCCUUUCCUCGAAGAACAAGUUAGGAGGAUUAGGGAGUCGGGAGAAAUAAUUUCGUUGGACAUCGAGAAGCUGAUGUUAUCAGAAGAGAACAGGUUUGCUUUUGUGAAUGAAGUGGCCGAGGAAGCGAAAUCAUACGUUGAGAGGAACAGGGACGAAUACGGAGAAAAAAAGGCCAUACUGCAUGUGCUGAGCAACCGAAUGAAUGAAGCUGGAUUUGAGCGUACUGAAGCAUACAUGGAGCCUGAGCCCUUCCGGCCUGGUCCUGGCUAUAUAAAACACUUGGAAGCAUGGAGGUUGUAAAGAAGGAAAAGGCAUCUUGGUUGUGGUACUCUAUCGUGGUGAUACUGUAGUGACAGCGAUACUAUUGGGUAAUGUUUAGCACGGUACCAUUUUUUUUUUAUUUUUUUUAUUUUUUUUUAUUUUUUUAAGUUGGAUUGGGCACAAUCAAUUUUUCCAUAUGUUCAAAGGUGCACUUUUAAGUCUCUUUAAGCAAACUCUUAAUGCUUACUUGA